ACCUGUCUCUCUCUCUGUCUGUCUCUCUGUCUCUCUCUACCUGUCUCUCUCUCUGUCUGUCUCUCUCCAGUUCCUGAACAACAACGUUCCCUCGUUUGCCUCCAUCGUUGCUCAUGAGCUGGGUCAUAAUCUGGGGAUGAACCACGAUGACGGUCGUUCUUGUUCCUGUGCUGUGAACGCCUGUAUCAUGAACUCUGGAGCCACAGGCUCCAGGAACUUCAGCAGCUGCAGUGCUGAUGACUUUGAGAAGAUGAUCCUGUUGACGGGGGGCUCGUGUCUCCUGAACGUGCCCCGGCCUGACGAGGCCUACAGCGCCCCCUACUGUGGGAACAGACUGGUGGACAUGGGGGAGGAGUGUGACUGUGGCACUCAGAAGGAGUGUGAGGAGGACCCCUGCUGUGAGUAUCAGACCUGUAAGCUGACCUCAGGAGCUCAGUGUGCUUAUGGAGAAUGCUGCUACAGCUGUCAGUACCUACCAGGUGGGUCGGUGUGUCGGUCCAGUACAGAUGAGUGUGAUCUACCGGAGUACUGUAACGGCUCCUCCUCCCUCUGUCAGAGCGACGUGUUCAUCCAGAACGGUCAUCCCUGCAGGAACCAUCAGGCCUUCUGUUAUAACGGGAAGUGUCAGCACUACGAUAGACAGUGUCAGGCCAUCUUUGGAUCCAAGGCGAAAGCAGCUCCUAUAAUCUGUUUCAAAGACGUCAACAGUAAAGGAGAUCGCUUUGGCAACUGUGGCUACCACAACUAUGGCUACAAGAAGUGUGAGAGCAGAAACGCUCGGUGUGGGAAGCUGCAGUGCUCCAACGUUCAGGCGGUGACGGUGUUCGGCAUCGAACCGUCGAUCAUCAGCACGCCGAUAGGAGGAGCCAAGUGUUACGGAGUCGACUUCAUGUUGGGAUCAGACGUACCCGACCCGGGCAUGGUCAACGAAGGGAGCAAGUGUGGAGACAACAAGGUCUGCAUGAACUUUGAGUGUAGCAGCGUCGACAUCCUCAACUACGACUGUGACGUGGAGAAGAAGUGUCACGGACACGGGGUGUGUAACAGUAACAGGAACUGUCACUGUGAAGACAGCUGGGCUGCACCUUUCUGUGAGGUCAAAGGUUACGGUGGCAGCGUGGACAGCGGACCGACCUGGAACGGUACCUUUAAAUAAAGGCUAACGUAUUAAGGCUAACUCAUUAAGGCUAACUCAUUAAGGCUAACUCAUUAAUGCAAAUGUUUUCCACUAAAAUCACCAUAUUUAGAUGAUAGCUAAUGAGUUAUAAUUCUUCCUGUGUUUGCCCCCUUCCUAAUUUCUUAUUUUUUUG